AUGGCCUCUCCGUCUCUUCAACAAACCCACCGCGAUUGGCUCGCACUCACUCUUUCACCGCCGUCACCUACACACUCUCCGCCGCCACCAAACCCUUUCUUCUUUGAAUUCAUCCCAUUACCACAACCACCACAAAACCCUCUUCUCUUUGAAAUCAUGUACCCACCCUUCAAUCAAGAACACAAACGCGACUCCCCAUCGGAAGAUUCAAGCUCCGGCGAAGCCCCACCUUCCAAAAAAACACGCCGGAAGAAGAAGAAGAAGAACCCGCCGCCGAAGACCGAGAACACCACCAUACCCCCACCGUUCCCAUGGGCGACUACAAAACGCGCCGUCAUUCACACCCUCGACCACCUCCGCUCCCACCGCAUAACAACCAUCACCGGCACCGUCGCGUGCAAGCGCUGCCACGAGGAAACUUCCAUCGCGUUCAAUUUGGAGGAGAAGUUCAACGAAGUGGCGCAUUUCAUCGAACACAACAAGUGCGUUCUCCAUGACCGUGCACCGGAAUCUUGGAGCAGCCCCGUGCUGCCACCGUGUUCUCGGUGCGGCACCGAGAACAGCUUGAAGCCGGUGAUCACGAAGAAGAGAAGCAUCAAUUGGUUGUUCUUGCUGCUGGGUCAGUGGAUUGGGUGCUGCAAUCGGCUACAUUUGAAGUAUUUCUUGAAGCAUGCUACGGAUCAUAGAACUGGAGCUAAGGAUCGGUUGGUUUAUGCGGUUUAUUUGGGUUUGUGGAAACAAUUGCAACCUCAAGAACCCUUUGAUUACAAUGCAUAG